CACAUGGAGUCGAAGCUCAGACUGGCUGUGUAGGUAAAAGGUGAACUCGGCGUUAAACGUUUUCAGUAGAAGAAAUUAAAACAGGGAGAUCAACUUUCUGCAAUAUGUGGCCACUGCACUGAUGCUCAUGCGCAAACAAGUUGCAUUUGACACGUUUAGAGCUCCUGAAUGUCCCACAAACAUGUGUUUACUGAAUGUGACCCAGUGCUCCCUUCAACUAAAGGCUUUCUGGAUUCUUGUGACUGACUGGGUGUGAAGAAAAGCGUUGUUUCUGAUUCGCACGAAGGAGCAACACAAAGAGCCACUUGAACUCUCCGGCCCAGGAAGCAAACCAAGAUGGACCCGUCCGAUCAAAAGCACUUUUUAGCCGUGGACUACGUCGUGUUUGCCCUUCUACUGGCCGCCUCUGUGGGUAUCGGGCUGUACUACGCCCUGUCCGGGGGCCGCCAGCGCACCACGCAGGAGUUCUUGAUGGCAGACAGGAGCAUGCGGUGUCUCCCCGUUUCACUGUCGCUCAUCGCCUCCUUCCAAUCAGCCGUGGCCAUCAUCGGCGUCCCGGCCGAGAUCUACACUCACGGCACCCAGUACUGGUUCAUCGGCUGCGCUUACAUUCUGGGGCUUUUGAUUCCUGCUCAUGUUUUCAUUCCAUUGUUAUACAGGCUGAAGCUCUCCAGCGCUUACCAGUAUCUGGAGCUACGGUUCAGCAAAGUAGUGCGGAUAUGUGGAACGUUGACGUUUAUCUUUCAAAUGGUUAUCUAUAUGGGUGUUUGUGUGUACACGCCUGCUUUCGCACUAAAUGCAGCUACCGGAUUUCAGCUUUGGGGAACGGUGCUGGUUACCGGACUAGUGUGCACUUUAUACACGACACUGGGCGGCCUGAAGGCGGUGAUCUGGACAGACGUCUUUCAGACCCUCGUGAUGUUCGCGGGCCAGAUCGCCGUCAUCAUUGUGGGAGUGGAGCGGACCGGAGGAAUGUCGGAGGUCUGGAGGAAAGUGAAGGAGGGAAACCGCCUCUCUGGACUGGACUUGAACCCGGAUCCCACAGAGAGACACACCUUCUGGACUCUGGGGGUCGGCGGGGUUUUCCUCAUGCUGUCCCUGUACGGAGUCAACCAGGCUCAGGUCCAAAGAUAUCUCAGCGCGCGGACAGAAAAAGAAGCUGUGAGGUCGUGCUACAUGGUGUUUCCUUCCCUUCAGCUGGCUCUGGGUCUGAGCUGCAUCAUGGGCCUUGUCAUGUUUGCACGUUACUGUGGAGAGGACUUUUCUGAGAAGCUGGGCAGCUCUUCCAGAGACGCAAUGGUGAUAUACUUCGUGAUGGACAUGCUGCAAGGCCUGCCUGGACUGCCCGGACUGUUUGUCGCUUGUCUUUUUAGCGCGGCGCUCAGCACCAUCUCGUCCGCCUUCAACUCUCUGGCCACCGUGACGAUGGAAGAUCUCAUCAAGCCGCAUUUCCCUUCUAUGUCAGAGGAGAGAGCGACGCUCCUGUCCAAAGCUUUAGCGGCGUCCUACGGGCUGCUCUGCUUGGCCAUGGCCUACCUGACUCAUCUCCUGGGCGACUCAGUCCUACUGGUAGCUUUAAAAAUCUUCGGGGUGGUUGGCGGACCCAUUCUCGGCCUGUUUUGCCUCGGGAUGUUCUUCCCAUGGGCCAACUCCAUCGGUGCGGUGGCCGGUCUGGGCGCAGGUCUGGUCGGGGCUUUCUGGGUCGGCAUCGGCAGCAUCGUCACCCGCAGCUCUGGCGCUAAGCGGCUGCCGCCCCGCUGCCACGUCAACACAACCGCCGUCUUCCAGACGGCGAUCGGCAACGCAACGAGCCGGCCCACGGGGCUGCACAGGUUUUAUUCUCUGUCCUACAUGUGGUACGCCGGCUUCAGCUGCCUCAUAGUCAUCCUCAUCGGGCUGACCGUCAGCUUUCUCACAGGCCCAAUGAAAGAAGGGGAGGCGACGCCUGGAACAGUCUACCCGUUAUUAGGAAAACUGCUUUUUUUUCUGCCCGAACACAUGAAGAAGAAGGUCUGCUGCGUGACUCCUCUGAGACCGGCUAUCCCAUCCCCACAAGGGCCAGGUUCAGACAAAGAAAGCAACGGAGCCGCCCGUGGGCAACACACGCCAUCGCAGCAGCAGAUUUUGCUGCCUGACGCCGACUCUCGUGUUAUCGAGCACGAAACAGCGGUGUGACGUCGUCCACGCACGAGGACGGAAAUCUCUGGGAACAUAAAGCACUUGGAGCGGAGCUGAUGCCUUUCCUUCGGGGUGAGAGAUUUUUGUCAGGUUUGCACUAUGAGCCUCAGCAGCAGCUCCAGACUGCUUUUUUAUUUUUUUUGUGUGUGUCUGAGUGAUUCACAGUGGAGACGGUUUUGUAGAACGCUACAGUAUGUUUCCGUUCCAGUCAGCUGCUUGAAUGUUUUAAUAGAUUGUCUUUAUACUUGUGAAAGUGCACUGUGAUGUUAUCUAAAAAUUAAAGAUUAAUGAGCGAAUGAGCAAGUUGAUCCUUUUUAACCAUAAAAAAAACCAAAACUGAAUAUUUGAGAAUCGCUACUACACCAUAGAUCGGAUUUCAGGUUUUAUUUGAAAGCUGACCUGCUGAUCACAAUUUUUAUUCUCUUUACAAUCGACUGUAACACAAGAGCCAAAACAUUGUGCUGGAGUCUCUUUUUAUCAAGGUGCUAGUUUUCAAUGCAACAGAAAAUGAAUUACUGUACAAGGUUGUCUCCAUUUAUCCAUUGUUGCAUAUAUGCCUAAUCUUCGGCAGAUUUUUCUAUUAAUUCAAAAUAAGUUGAUGUGUUUAUAGACCAAAAAUGUUCAACUAAUUUCGGAUAUGUGAUUGAUCAGAGACGAUCCACGACAAACUCGCUGAUUCAAGUCUUUUGCCGAUUAUUUGUCGCAUCUCUACUACAAAAGCUGUGAGACUUGCCACCCCAAUUACUUCUAAGACUGUGUCCUGGAAUUAAGACUGUAAAACCUCUUUUCUACAAGAUUAAAGAUUUGUAAUAAAAA